AUGUCCUACAAGCGGACGCGGGCGCAAUACGAGGCCGAUCUCCAAAAAUCACAGUCCCCUUAUGUCACAUAUGGAACGCCCCUGCCGCCAUUGGACCCUGACGUCCGUGACGAUGGCUCCUAUGUCCCCGUCUGGAAGCAGGAGGUGAGGGACGAGAGGGGCAGGAAGCGCCUGCACGGGGCUUUUACUGGAGGCUGGAGCGCUGGCUAUUUCAAUACCGUGGGAUCCAAGGAGGGAUGGACGCCUUCGACCUUUGUCUCGUCGCGGUCCAACCGCCGCAAGGACGACAAGUCUGCCACCGGCCAGCGACCUGAGGACUUUAUGGAUGAAGAGGACCUCGCCGACGCACAGGAAUCCGAGAGGCUACAAACUUCACACGCGUUUGCUGGACUGGGCUCAACGGAUGCCGAUCUCGAUCGCCCAGGGGGACUGGCUGGCCUCUUGCACAUGCAAGGCGAGACCAUGGGCACGAAACUGCUCAAGAGGAUGGGCUGGAAAGAAGGCCAAGGUGUUGGACCCAAGGUCCGGAGGAGGGCGGAACUCGGCAUGGCGCCCAACCCGGGGACGGAGGGCACAAGCGAUACUUACCUGUUCGCACCCGAGAAUGCUCCUAUGAUACAGCUUGUCCGCAAGACCGACCGCAAGGGGCUCGGGUAUGAAGGAGAAUCCAGGCUCACGCCGCUUGCAUCAUCAAACACCAGCCAACAUGCACAGUCUGACGACGAGGAUGCGGACGAUCAAGCCUUCAGCCUCGGCCGACCCCGGCUGUUGGGGCACAAGAACAAGAACAAGAACACCAGAGCCCGUGGGGGCAUUGGCAUAGGGGUCCUGAACGAUACCGGCUCUGACGACGAAGACGCGUACGACAUGGGGCCGCGGUUAUCGUACAACAAGGUGAUUGGCGCCAGCAAGACUUUGAAGAAGAAGAAGGACUCAAACUCGACCCCCGCAAAUCCAGCUCUUGGAUCCAAGCCAAGUUUCGUGCCGAGGCGGAAGGCCGUGGUGAAAGCGACCCUCAGCAGUGUGCGGAAAUGUCACGAUGGCCGGCCACCCCUGGACGGAUUCGUCCUCAGCCAAGAGCCGGAUCCUCUUAUAUCUAUGAUCAAUGCCGACGGCAAGUUUUCACCGCCAGAGGUUCCGGUGGACUGGAAGUCGAGUAAAGAUCCCGAAGCCAGUCGGGACGCUUCGGGCUACAGGUCGACGGCCGACGCAGCAAAGUCCUCUCAGCUGAACCCAUUGAGCCGAGCUGCUAUACUGGGGGAGAAGCAGCUGCCCGGGAAGUCGGUCUUUGAUUUCCUGUCUGUCUCUGCAAGGGACCGGCUCGCGGCGGCGACUGGGAAGGCGGACCUGCCGGAAGCCAAAGGCGAGAUACCUGAGGGCUACGCGCUGUCGGAGGAGGAGAAACGGCGCAGUCUGUUGGAGAAAAUACCACAGUUAGACAAGCAGAGUGCCCUGGGCGCCAUGACUAGGGGUGCUGCGGGCGGUGGGCCGUAUGGUGACGACGACGACAAGCGAUCUCGCUACAGAGGUUAUCUCGAGCUGCAAGCUGGCUUGAGCAGCGAACCACCCCGUAAGCCGGCUAAGAUGACCAAUGACGAAUGGAUGCACGAGUUCCAUGAGUUCUACAGUGUUGCCAGGAUAUUCCGGCCAAUGACGGGUUCGAUGGCCUCCAGGUUCACGACAUCGUCAUCAUCCUCCACCCUUGCAAGCGGCUCCGACGGCAAGGCUGGAGACGCCGGCCUGCUCUCCAAACCACCGUCCAAACCAGAAGACCCAGCCGAGGCGGCGGCGAAGAUGGGCAUGUACGGACACAUGACGCGAUCCAUCCGUGAUUGGCAUCCAACACGGUUGCUGUGCAAACGGUUCAAUGUCAAGCCGCCAGCGCAUGUCCAGGCUGAGGCAGAUGUUGAGGGUACGGAAGCACAGAGACCAGCCGGACCCACGCCUACACCGGGUAUGAGCCAAGACACCUCGUCCAAGCCCCCUAAUACAGCGAAUGAACUCUUGCAGUCCACCAACCUGUCGAGGCAGGAGGUCAAGGUGGACAGCAGCCGGAACGAUGCGCUGGAGGCCAACCGGGCUGGCGAAGAGGUGUUUAAGGCUAUCUUUGGCGACAGCAGCGAUGAGGAAAGCUAG